AUGGCUAACCACACCAUGGCCGAACCCUACAAGAACUGCGUCGAGGUCACGCCAGAGUGCCCGGUCCAGGCCACCGUCCUGGGCUACUACCCCAACCUGGGCUCCGGGUACUUCUUCACCAUCAUGUUUGGCCUAUGCCUCGUGGGAACCGUCGUCCUCGGCGUGUCCAAGCGCACAUGGACCUAUACGGCCGCCCUGACCUGCGGGCUGAUAUUAGAAACAGCCGGCUACAUCGGCCGCAUCCUCCUCUCCUCCAACCCGUGGGACGAAGGCGCCUUUGAGCUGCAAAUCUGCGCAAUCAUCCUCGGCCCGACCUUUAUCUGCGUCAGCAUCUACCUCACGCUCAAGCACGUCGCCCUCGCGCUCAACCCCUCCAUCUCGCGCCUCCCCGCCGUCUGGUACCCGCGCAUCUUCCUCCCCGCCGACGUCUCGUGCCUCAUCGUGCAGGCCAUCGGCGGCGGCAUCGCCGCCGCCGCCGGCCACUCCAAGCCCAAGCUGCAGAAGACGGGCAACCAGGCCAUCAUCGCCGGCGUCGCGCUGCAGGUCGUCGUGCUCGCCGCCUUUGGCGCCCUCGGGCUCGACUACCUCGUGCGCGUCGCCCGCUGGAUGCGCAGGCCCGAGGCGCAGGGCUCCGAGGGCCUCGGCGUCUGGCGCAGCCGCAACUUUAGAGUCUUUCUCACGGCCAUCUGCGCCGCCUACCUGUGCAUUUUUGUUCGAUGCAUCUACCGUAUCGCGGAAAUGGCCGGCGGUUGGGGCAACCACAUCAUGCAGGACGAGCCCAGCUUCCUCGUCCUCGACAGCUCCCUCGUCCUCGUCGGCAGCGCACUCCUCACCAUCUUCCACCCGGGCAUCUUCUUCCCCCAGAUGCGCCACAACGCCGUCGCUCGCCGCCGGCAGCGCGCCGACGAGAAGCAGAGCGCCAAGCGCGGCGACGCCGCCUCGGCCGGCGGCAACGACUCAGACGAGACCAGGAUCCCGGCGUCCGCCACUGGCCCUACGCCUUCGGAGACGGCCACCAAGGAACAGGCCUAG